CUUCCCCACAUGCUCUUCUACGGCCCCCCAGGCACAGGAAAAACCUCCACUGUCCUUGCCCUCGCCAAAGAGCUCUACGGCCCCGAACUCGUCAAGUCCCGCGUCCUCGAACUAAAUGCCUCCGACGAGCGCGGAAUCUCCAUCGUACGCGAGAAGGUUAAAGACUUCGCCCGCAUGCAACUUUCCAAUCCUUCCGCCGCCUACCGUGCCCAAUACCCAUGUCCUCCCUAUAAGAUCAUCAUUCUAGAUGAAGCGGACAGUAUGACACAAGAUGCGCAGAGUGCGCUGAGGAGAACGAUGGAGACGUAUAGCAAGAUCACGCGGUUCUGUUUGAUUUGCAAUUAUGUAACGAGGAUCAUUGAUCCGUUGGCGUCGAGGUGUAGUAAGUUUCGGUUCAAGAGCUUGGAUCAGGGAAAUGCUGCUAGGAGGGUUGAAGAGAUCGCCGUGAAGGAGGGAGUGGCACUUGAGGAUGGAGCUGUGGAGACGCUGAUUAGAUGCAGUGAGGGGGAUUUGCGAAAGGCGAUUACGUUCUUACAGAGUGCUGCGCGGUUAGUUGGAGCUGUGGAGAAGGAUGAGGAUGAGGAGAGUAUGGAUGUUGAUGUGGAGAAGCAGGUUGUUACUGUAAGGAGUAUUGAGGAUAUUGCGGGAGUUAUUCCGGAUGAGACGAUUGAGGGAUUGGUUAAGGCGAUGCAGCCUAAGUCUAAGGGGGCGGUUUAUGAUGCUGUAUCGAAAGUGGUCACAGAUUUAGUUGCUGAUGGAUGGAGUGCUACUCAAGUUGUUACACAAUUGUUCCAAUCACUCAUCUACAAUGAAGCAAUUCCCGACCUCCAGAAGAACAAGAUUACUCUUGUAUUCUCGGAAACCGACAAGCGUUUGGUAGAUGGCUCGGACGAGCACUUGACGAUCUUGGACUUGUCAUUGCGCAUCUCGAAUAUCUUAGCUGGAGCUUGA